AGGACAACUUUGACAUACCUGGCCAAGUUCUUGAGCAGCAAAAGAUGAGAAGUAGUCAGAUCCUUUGUCUUCUGGAAAUUUCUCAGCAAUUGGCUUGCCAGCUUGAGCAACUGGUGCUGAUGUAUGCUUCUUUCAGCUUUGUUUCUCUUGAAGACACAGACCCAUUCAGCAUAUCGUGUUUCUUCUGUGGGAAAUUUUGGAUGAAUGAGACUCGGCAAGUUUCUAUCUUUCGAUACUGUAUCUCAGCACCAUACACAGCUGCUCAUAUUCCUCACAAUCUUUAUAAGAAGAUGCGCUGGAACCUGGACAUCUUGGAAGGUUCUGCUGCUCGGAAUCAAACACUCCGGACAGAAUACUACUUCCUAUGCUUCCGUGAUACAGGAGAUGAAACAACUGUGAAAAUGCAGAAGCUUUGGUCCAUAGGACGCUGGGUGCCUUUAGAUCCGGACAGUGAACACAGUUCUGAUGUGCUAUCCUGGGUGUUGUGUCAUCAGCCCACAGGGGAUUACCAGCAGCUCCUAACAAUUGGAUUUGAGGAACCUUCCCACACCUUAGCUACAGACCUCUUAGUGCAGAUGCUAAGUGCUCAGAGUUCUGGUCUUCUUAAUCGUGAGUCAUCCUGCUGGCUGGGCCCAGGAGAACAGGUGCAGUAAAAUGUACAUAACCU